AUGGUGAAUUUCACCGUAGACGAGAUCCGUGGCAUGAUGGACAAGAAGAGGAAUAUCCGGAACAUGUCCGUCAUCGCCCACGUCGAUCACGGCAAGUCCACACUGACAGACUCGCUGGUCUCCAAAGCCGGUAUCAUUGCCGGCGCCCGUGCUGGUGAAACUCGUUUCACGGACACGCGCAAGGACGAGCAAGACAGAUGCAUCACCAUCAAGUCGACCGCUAUUUCUAUGUACUUCGAGCUCGAGGAGAAAGACUUGGUGUUCAUUACCAACCCUGACCAGCGGGAGAAGAGUGAGAAGGGUUUCUUGAUUAACUUGAUUGACUCACCUGGGCACGUUGACUUCUCCUCUGAGGUGACAGCUGCUCUGCGUGUUACUGAUGGUGCUCUUGUUGUUGUGGACUGCGUAUCCGGUGUGUGCGUACAAACCGAGACUGUACUCCGUCAGGCGAUAGCUGAGCGUAUCAAGCCCAUCCUGUUCAUGAACAAGAUGGACCGUGCUCUGCUUGAACUUCAACUGGAGGCUGAGGAACUUUACCAGACCUUCCAGCGUAUCGUUGAAAACGUCAACGUUAUCAUCGCCACCUACAAUGAUGACGGAGGCCCUAUGGGUGAGGUGCGUGUCGACCCCAGCAAGGGUUCCGUGGGCUUCGGUUCUGGUCUCCACGGUUGGGCCUUCACCCUCAAGCAGUUCGCCGAGAUGUACGCCGACAAGUUCAAGAUUGACCUCGUCAAGCUUAUGAACAGGCUUUGGGGAGAAAACUUCUUCAAUGCCAAGACAAAGAAAUGGGCCAAGCAAAAGGAUGGCGAGAACAAGCGUUCCUUCUGUAUGUAUGUGCUCGACCCCAUCUACAAGGUGUUCGACGCCAUUAUGAACUUCAAGAAGGAAGAGAUCGACGGUCUCCUCCAGAAGAUUGGAGUUACCAUCAAGCACGAAGAUGCUGACAAGGACGGCAAAGCCCUUCUCAAGGUGGUGAUGCGCAGCUGGUUGCCCGCCGGAGAAGCUUUACUUCAGAUGAUUGCUAUCCACCUGCCUUCCCCUGUGGUAGCCCAGAAAUAUCGUAUGGAGAUGUUGUACGAAGGCCCCCAUGACGACGAGGCCGCUAUUGGUAUCAAGACAUGUGACCCCGAAGCUCCCUUGAUGAUGUACGUGAGCAAGAUGGUACCGACUUCUGACAAGGGUCGUUUCUACGCCUUCGGACGUGUGUUCUCCGGCAAGGUCAUCACUGGACAGAAGGCCCGUAUCAUGGGCCCCAACUUCCAACCUGGCAAGAAAGAGGAUCUGUAUGAGAAGACCAUCCAGCGUACUAUCCUCAUGAUGGGUCGUUAUGUUGAGGCCAUUGAGGAUGUUCCCUCAGGAAACAUUUGCGGUCUGGUAGGAGUUGACCAGUUCCUUGUCAAGACUGGAACAAUCACCACUUUCAAGAAUGCACACAACAUGAAGGUCAUGAAAUUCAGUGUGUCCCCUGUCGUGCGUGUGGCUGUUGAGCCCAAGAAUCCCGCUGACUUGCCCAAGCUGGUUGAAGGUUUGAAACGUCUGGCCAAGUCUGACCCUAUGGUACAGUGUAUCAACGAGGAGUCUGGUGAACACAUUGUCGCCGGUGCCGGAGAGCUUCAUCUUGAGAUUUGUUUGAAGGAUCUCGAGGAAGACCACGCUUGCAUUCCAAUCAAGAAGUCUGACCCUGUGGUGUCAUACCGUGAAACAGUCAGCGAGGAGUCUGACACACUGUGUCUCUCCAAGUCACCCAACAAGCACAACCGUUUGUUCAUGAAGGCGCAACCUAUGCCUGACGGUCUGCCCGAGGACAUUGACGAUGGCAAAGUAAACCCCCGCGAUGACUUCAAGACCCGUGCUCGUUAUCUGUCUGACAAGUACGAGUACGACCUAACCGAGGCGCGUAAAAUCUGGUGCUUCGGCCCUGAAGGUACCGGCCCCAACAUCUUGGUGGACUGCUCCAAGGGAGUUCAGUACCUCAACGAAAUCAAGGACUCUGUGGUCGCUGGAUUCCAGUGGGCCGCUAAGGAGGGAGUCAUGGCUGAGGAGAACUUGAGAGGUGUACGAUUCAACAUCUAUGACGUCACGCUACAUACUGAUGCUAUCCACAGGGGUGGCGGUCAAAUCAUUCCAACGACGAGAAGAUGUCUGUAUGCUUGUCUGCUCACGGCGCAACCCAGACUCAUGGAGCCCGUAUACUUGUGCGAAAUUCAGUGCCCGGAGGUGGCUGUGGGUGGUAUCUACGGAGUGCUGAACAGGCGUCGUGGUCACGUAUUCGAGGAGUCCCAGGUUGCUGGUACCCCCAUGUUCGUGGUUAAGGCUUACUUGCCAGUAAACGAAUCGUUCGGCUUCACCGCCGACCUUCGGUCCAACACUGGCGGACAGGCCUUCCCGCAGUGCGUGUUCGACCACUGGCAGAUCUUGCCCGGUGACCCAUGCGAAUCUGGAUCCAAGCCUUACGCAGUCGUUCAGGAGACAAGGAAAAGGAAAGGUCUUAAGGAAGAUGCAUUCCAGUCGCAGCUAUAUACUAGGUUAGUUGUUCACGUAUGUGCUGUCCGACAAUUCGACAAACUUAAAGCAAUAUAG